AUGAGUUACGAGUCUGAGAGAUCAUCUUCCUCUUCUGAGAGUACACAGUCAAUAACAGCAAAGGAAAGACCCAGUGGACGAAUAACUUGGGAAGGAAGUGCCAAAAUGUCAGAACAACCAAAUGAAAACGAUGGUGCUUCUUCAAUGCGUAGAGUAGGUGAGGGUCGAAGGACAGCUAAAGUGGGAGGACCAUCGAGGAGUAAAAUUUCUCCUUUGACACCUUUGAAAAAGGUUGUCGUGGAAGAGGGGCCUUCUGUGCAACUGCGGACGCCUUCAAUGGGGUUUGCCUAUUCUUUGCCCAACCUGAAGGCCCUGAACAGUUUUUCCGAUGCUGAGCAGGCGCGCUUGAUGCAAAAUUAUUUAUCUGAUAGUGUGAAUCAUGGUAAUAACAACAACUACGUAGACCCACUAUAUCGGCAACUAAACCCUAGUAUGGGCAGUUCUAAAAAUAAGCCCGUCUGGAGUUUGAAUCAGCCGUUGCCGCACGUCCUCGAUCGAGGCUUGGCGGCAAAAAUGAUACAGAAGAACAUCGACGCAAGAUCCCGUGUAUCCUCGAGACGAGGUUCACCGGAUAUCUCGAGAACCGGUUCUAUGACCUCCGUAAAAGAUUGGAAAAGGCUUCUCAGAAGUGCCGCGCCGGGCAAAAGGCUUGGGGAUAUUGAAGCGCAAACUCAACGUACGAACAGCAUUGCAGCAGAUAAGGCACAAACCAAGUUAAAGCCUGAGCGACUCCAGAAACCUUCUAACUCGCACAUUGAGAAUGUUUCAGAUAAAGGACAGCGAGCUCCUCACAAUGUUAAUUUUUCAUUAGGUGAUGAGAGCGGCGCACCCUCCGUAGAUGACGCAUACGCGAAAUUUCCUGAAGAACGUAUCGAAGAGGACGAUAAGAGUGCUAGCGCUUUAGACGGGAACGAAGUUGGUAUCUUGGAAGAGGAGGAUGGAGAUAUAAUGACAUUUCCCAAUUAUUGGGCAAAGAUUCGGUACCAUAUGCGAGAGCCAUUUGCAGAGUUUCUCGGGACACUUGUACUUGUAAUUUUUGGUGUUGGUGGUAAUCUUCAGGCUACCGUAACAAAAGGCAGCGGUGGUUCUUAUGAAUCUUUGUCAUUUGCGUGGGGGUUUGGUUGUAUGCUUGGCGUUUAUGUCGCAGGCGGCGUCAGUGGUGGACACAUCAAUCCUGCUGUUACGAUAUCGAUGGCAAUUUUCCGAAAGUUCCCGUGGAAAAAGGUACCUGUAUAUAUAGUCGCACAGAUUAUUGGUGCUUACUUUGGAGGAGCUAUGGCGUACGGUUAUUUUUGGAGCUCUAUUACUGAGUUUGAAGGUGGUCCGCACAUCAGAACUACGGCAACGGGCGCUUGUCUAUUUACCGACCCUAAAUCAUAUGUAACGUGGAGAAACGCGUUCUUUGACGAGUUUAUAGGCGCCUCAAUACUGGUUGGUUGUUUGAUGGCACUAUUGGAUGAUAGCAAUGCACCACCUGGAAAAGGUAUGACGGCAUUGAUUAUCGGCUUUUUAGUCGCUGCGAUUGGUAUGGCUCUUGGAUACCAAACAAGUUUCACGAUCAAUCCAGCAAGAGAUCUUGGUCCUCGUAUAUUUGCCUCUAUGAUUGGUUACGGUCCACAUGCUUUUCACCUUACGCAUUGGUGGUGGACGUGGGGAGCAUGGGGCGGACCGAUCGCAGGCGGUAUCGCUGGAGCACUCAUAUAUGACGUGUUCAUUUUUACGGGAUGUGAAUCUCCCAUCAACUAUCCGGACAACGGCUAUAUUGAGAAUAGAGUGGGCAAGCUUUUACAUUCUGAGUUUCUUCAGCAUGACGGUACUGGUUCUUCGGCAAUUGAGUCCGAUGACAACAGCAAUACUGGUAGCAAGAAAUCUACUCCUAUGGCCUUGUAA